AUGAGCACCGCCACCAACGGCCAUGCAUCCGGAGAUGCCGCAGCUGCUACAGCUGAAAUGACUAGCAAGGAUUAUUACUUUGAUUCUUAUGCUCAUUUUGGAAUCCACGAAGAGAUGUUGAAAGAUGAAGUCAGAACCAUCACUUAUCGUAACUCGAUUUACCACAACAGACAUCUUUUCAAAGACAAGAUUGUCAUGGACGUUGGAUCAGGAACUGGAAUUCUCUCCAUGUUCGCUGCUAAGGCUGGUGCCAAAAAAGUUUUCGCUGUAAGUUGAAUUUUUGUUUAUCUUUAAUUUUUCACAUGAUCGAUCUUCAGAUGGAAUUCUCCAACAUGGCCAACACUUCUCGUCAAAUAAUCAAGGAUAACGGGCUUGACCACAUCGUUGAAAUUGUUCAAGCUAAAGUUGAAGACGUCAAAGAACUUCCAGGAGGAGUCGAGAAAGUCGACAUUAUCAUCUCCGAAUGGAUGGGUUAUUGCUUGUUCUACGAGUCCAUGUUGAACACCGUUUUGUAUGCUCGUGAUAAGUGGCUCGCACCUGAUGGUCUUCUUUUCCCAGACAAGGCCAAGUUGUACGUUUGUGCCAUCGAAGAUAGACAAUACAAAGAUGACAAGAUUCACUGGUGGGAUUCCGUCUAUGGAUUCAACAUGUCAGCUAUUCGUAAGGUCGCUGUCACCGAACCAUUGGUUGAUGUCGUUGAUAACAAUCAAGUCGUCACCAACAACUGUCUUCUCAAAGACGUAAGGUUUUACUUUCUAAAAUGUAUAUCACUUUCCUUUUUACAGGUUGAUCUUUACACUGUCAAAAUUGAAGAUCUUACAUUCACAUCUGACUUCAACUUGAAAUGCGCUAGAAGUGACUAUGUUCAAGUAAGUUGAUUUGUCGCUGUAUGUAGAAAAACUAAAUAAUCUUCCAGGCUCUUGUUACUUUCUUCACCGUCGAAUUCUCAAAGUGUCAUAAGAAGACUGGUUUCUCAACUGGACCAGACGUUCAAUACACUCACUGGAAACAAACCGUCUUUUAUCUUAUGGAUGCUUUGACUGUGAAAAAGAACGAAGAAAUCUCGGGAGUGUUCAGUGUCGCACCAAACAAGAGAAACGAACGUGAUUUGGAUUUCAACAUCAAGGUCAAAUUCCGCGGAGAAGUUUGUGACUUGGAUGAAGAUAACACCUACACCAUGCAUUAG